GCUCUGUGCGCACAUCACGCGUGGAGAGGACUGCGGGGAAUGAGAAUGACAGCGACGCUAUAAAAGCGACCCUCAGCUGCACGGACCAGAGCCGUAGACGGUGAUAUCCCAGCGGGGAAGCCGCCGCUGCUCCGUUGCAACAGACACGGGACGAGCCCAUUCUUGCAUCUCUUUCUGAACAAGUGUUGGACUACGGUGUCUUUUUUUCUACUGCAGAGGAGAGAAAACCGGUCUGAGGAGGUGAACGGGUUCGGGCCUCGAAUGGAGGAGGAGUGACGUCGCAGUCCAUGAACACACACACACAUAUACAUACACACAGACCCACAGGCUGCUGCUGCUGCGCCUGCCAGGAUCUCAAUGAGGGGAAAUGACCGCGAGUGACCUCAACGGAAACACUGUAUUUUAACGAGUGUUCGCCCCUUUUUAUUUUAAACGGCAUUGCGGUUUAAAAUGUGCGCCACCAUUUAGCUUGGUAUUGUAGGGUGAAAGGGGGGUAUAAUAAGGCGUUAGCCGGUCGCACAGCUGUCUUAUUAGCUUAGCUUGCUAAUAUUAGCUAGCUAAGCUAAAGUAGCUUGGUUACUGUUGCUGGCGGCCGGGCUGUUUCCUGCUGAUGCUAAAUUAGGCUAGGCUAGGCUAGCUGCUGCCAUGGAUAAAGCCAAGUCAAUGAUGGACAAGAAAGGAGCGUCGGGACCUUUUCAUGUCAACAAUGGGCAGAGCCAGAGGGGGUUUCUCGGCCACGUCGUCGUGGCCGCUAACGGCAGCGGCAGUGCAUUCGGCACGGGGUCCGGACCCAACAGCAGCUCGCUAGAAAACAUGCACCACCUGCACCGCGGAGAAGAUGCGGAGUGCAACGGGUCCCCGGCCAAGAGGUGCAGGCUACGGAGGAGGACGGAGUCCAUCAGACGGCAUAGACCCCCCUUCCCCUGGUUUGGUAUGGACAUCGGUGGAACCCUGGUCAAGCUGGUGUACUUUGAGCCAGUCGACAUAACUGCAGAGGAAGAACAAGAAGAAGUGGAAAACCUCAAGUCCAUUCGCCGCUACCUCACCUCAAAUGUGGCCUAUGGUAAAACGGGCGUCCGUGAUGUCCACCUGGAGCUGAGGAACUUGACCAUGUGCGGCAGGACGGGGAACCUGCACUUCAUCCGCUUCCCAACGCAGGCCAUGCCCCGUUUUAUUCAGAUGGGACGCGACAAGAACUUCUCUAGUCUGCACACAACACUCUGCGCCACAGGAGGAGGAGCGUACAAGUUUGAGAAUGACUUCAGAACGAUGGCCGACCUGGAGCUGCUGAAGCUGGAUGAGCUGGACUGCCUGAUCCGUGGCCUGCUGUUCGUCGACCGGAUGGGCUUCAACGGACACCCGGAGUGCUACUACUUCCAGAACCCCUCAGACACUCAGAGCUGUGUGAAGAAGCCCUGCACGCUGGACAAUCCCUUCCCUAUGCUGCUGGUCAACAUCGGCUCCGGGGUCUCCAUACUGGCCGUGUACUCUGAGGACAACUACAAACGGGUGACUGGGACCAGUCUGGGAGGUGGUACAUUCCUGGGCCUUUGCUGUCUGCUGACGGGCUGCGAGACGUUCGAGGAGGCGCUGGAAAUGGCCAGCAAGGGCGACUCUACAAACGUGGACAAACUGGUCAAAGAUAUCUACGGGGGAGACUAUGAGCGCUUCGGGCUACAGGGCUCUGCAGUGGCGUCCAGUUUUGGUCACAUGAUGAGCAAAGAGAAGCGAGACAGCAUCAGUAAGGAAGACCUGGCCCGAGCCACGCUGGUCACCAUCACUAAUAACAUAGGAUCCAUAGCACGCAUGUGUGCUGUCAAUGAGAAAAUCGAGCGCGUGGUGUUUGUGGGGAACUUCCUUCGUAUCAACACGGUGUCCACAAAACUGCUUGCUUACGCCAUGGACUUCUGGUCUAAAGGACAACUGAGAGCGCUCUUCCUGGAACAUGAGGGUUAUUUUGGCGCUGUGGGUGCGCUGAUGGAGCUGCUCAAGACAACAGACGACCUGUGAAGGAAACCUUGUCACGACAUCAUCAACGGUCGACGAGACGAGGUCCCCCCUGAACGCUGUGAUGUCACCAACUGUCAAUGCUGUGACGUCACUGACUUUUUGACGCUGCUGAGCGGUCCCAUUCACAGAGACCACUAAAGGAACACUAAAAGAAAGAGAGAGAAAGGCAGAAACUCAGAAAAGCCAUUUUAAUAAUUUAACAUUGUAAAUAUUGAUAACCUCUAACAUCCCUCUCCUAGAUUUUUCCCUAUCAUAGAGGUUUUAAUAUUGUAAUCUUUAAUUUAUGGUUUCCUGUAAUCAGGUGCGUUGAUUCCUGUAAUCAGCCCUGCAUCAGGAAGCAGAGACUUUAUUUUUGUGUAUUUUUAGUUUUUUUUUGUUUAUUUUUUUUGUUUUGUUUUGUUUUGUUUUUUUUUUUUUGUUUUUGUGUGAAUAGCUACUGUAGCAUUAGGUCCUGGGGAUGGUAGCGUGCCGGGUGACUAUUUGUGCAACGGGAUAAAACGUCUGCACAGAAAAGAAGUAAUUUUUUACCACCAGCGACUCAAGGACAUACUUUUUCUGUGACCACAGAAACAUCAGUAGAGGGUCAGGACGUAGUUCGUGCUUGCACAAAGCGUUGCCCGCCAUGCUACAGUCUUCUAAGGAGUGCACUGAAGCCAAAUCCUGUUGAGAUUCAUAUAAUACCUGCCUCCUUCAGCUCACAUGGGAAAAACCAGUCUUUCUUUUGCUCCGCUACAUUUGGCCUUUGCUUUUUUUUUUCUCUCUCCUCCGUCUGCCUGCUCAUACACAACACUAACACCACCAUGUUGCCACGCACGCCCAACCUGCUGAGUUUAGAGCUCGGUGACGGGACCAAGGCAUUGUCCUCCGGCAGAUUGGAGUGCAUUGUUGAUUUCUGUUGACUGGCAUCACUACAGCCACGGUGUUGCGGUUUGCAGUCCUUUGCUAUCUGAUUGUGUCCUUUUCCUCCUUCCCUCUGACUAUUGUGCCACCCUGCUGCCUUGCUCGGAUGUUGCAGUGUGAUUUGAUGAAGCGUGACGAAAGGAACAGCAUCUCAGCUGUUGAUGCAGAAGGAUGGUGUCACCUUUUAAGAGAGCGUGAGGUUCAAGAUGCUUUUGCCUAGUGUCACGGCUAAUGCAAAAUGCACUAAUUACGCCACUUGUAGAAUACGUUCACCUACUGUCACCUACAGAUAUCGUUGGUGGUUGUUCUCUAAGUUCAGUAUCCCCCAUCCCCCACAACUUUACCCCAAUGGAAGUUACUUUUCAAAUACUCUUUGCUUCAUUUCAAACCUGGAAUGUGCCCAAGUCCACAUAGCUUCAGUUAAAGGGCACCGGGUGAGAAGUAACCACACUUAUGCAAACAUAGGUGUCUGAAAGGACACUGGACAGGGAGAUGGCCUCAUGUAUUCAGUUUGCAUGCCUCUACCUAAGAACAAUGUGCCAGGGAAGCCUUGCCUGUUUCUCCACACUAGCAUGUGCACCCCAGACAAAAUGAAACCAGUUUUUAAAAUAAUCUAUAAACAGGAUAAAAAUACUUGAAAGUAGCAUGUGUGUCUGCUAGUACGGUCUUAUUUUAGAGACGCCAUGGCCUUUUUAAAGGAACCUGUUCCGCAGCAAUGCUGGGGAUUGUAAGUUACAUGCACGUCUCAUCUUAUAAGAAAUGUGUUUUACUAUGCGUAGCAACGACAGGCUGUCAAGAGGCUUCAUUCUCAAUAGGCUUUCGACUCAUCGUAAUUGUAGAAUUAUUCAGUCAUAGCAUUUUUAGAGAAACACGGACCACAAGUGUAUUUCUUCCUGUAAGGUCUUCACAUGUUCCCUUCCCAGCCUGGACCUUUGCCGCCUUUCAUUUCUUUUUGUUGUCAGAGCAGCCGAGCUUCACAGCUGUUCAGUGUGUCUUCGGUACCGCUGUCUGCAUGCCUUCACUUCCUGCAGAGAAACUGCUCUUUCCCCAGUUUGCAGUUAUUCUUAAGUCACCCGUACCUCCAAAUCAUCACCUACAACAGUUCAUCUGUAUUACAUCGGGGAAACAUGUCAGCAAGUAUUUUAAAGGUCUUAUUGACGAAAUGGAGCUGCUGCUUGUUGUUAUCUCUGCUUCGAACAUACACACAUACACACAUACACUUUGACCCUGACUAAACAUGUUUGUUGUUUUCAUGGUUAAUUUGAAAAAAACACAUGGGGCACUUGGGUUGUUUCACCACUGACUUCUUAUCAGCUCAUUUAAAUGUAUUUUCUGUGUGUGGCUGAAUCACCAUUUAGUGGUCAUGAAAGGUUCGUGUUGUUUUUCUGCUUCAUUAACCACCCAUCGGCUUAAAUGACACCAAUGUUACGAGUGUUAAAGUGCAGUUUGAGUCAUCUCAUUCCACACUGACACAAACUCUGUUUUUCUGUUUUUACUUGCCUUGCUCCAGCUCAUGUUUGGAUGACAAUAGUGACCUCAACCUGUCAGGUGCCACUCCGCUUCUUUGAAAUCAAGCUGGUGUUGGUUUAAUCUUGUGCCACCCCCUUCUUUUAAUCUCAAAAAGCCCAAUCGGUUGCCUUCAGUGCGUACGUGUGUGUACGUGUGUGUUAUCCUGGUUGCAUCAUGUUUGUGCCCUUCAGUUUCCUGUGUAUUUGUCACCUGCUGAACGUCCUCUCUGUGUUUUUGUCUGGUUCGCAUUCUUGCUUUGCUGUUUUGUGUGUUUUGCCAUGGUACUGUAACAGAAUAUUCAGUGGCCCCAUGUGUGUCUUAGCACAAAAACACCGUUAAUUUCCUAUACUGCAGUGGUUUUCACCAUUCUACAUCUUUUCCAACCUCUUUUCUUUUUCUUUCUUCUUUUAUUUUGUUUGUUUUGGGGAACAUUGUUUUUAAUGUACUGUAUGUUCUUUUAAUAUUUUUAUUCUGCUUUUUUUUUUUUUUGUGGCCAGUGAUUAGUAAUAAUGUGAGUUUCUUUUUAUUGUUUUGGUUGGCACAACAGAACCUGUGUGAUUGCUCCCAGAAAUCCCUUAGAUUUAGCCCCUGUUCAGCUGCAGCGCUCUUUUCAAACAUUUACAACCUUUUUUUUUUUUUUUAAGCCUGCAGUGCAUUUAAUCAGUGGAGUUUGCAUAAUCUGUAUUAACCUGUUUAAAAACAGAUUAACACAUUGUCACGUAUUAGUGGAUAUCAGCAGUGUAUCUCUUUACAGUCUACUGCUUGCUGCUCGGCUCAGGCCUAGUGUCAAUUCUACCUUUUAUUGACAUUUUAAUAUGAAACAUGGCCUCUGCAGAACUUAGAGGUGAUGGUCAUUUAAAGUGUACCUGUAUGUCUCCACUGACUGUAUAAUUGCAGGUUAUAACCUAAUUAUCAUGUUACACUAAUCUAAGACUGUUCAAGCCAGUGUUACAAACUGUCCAUGAGUUCAGACACUUGUAUUAUUUUCAACCUAACUAACUGUCGCUGUUGCUGUAGUAUCACCAUUUGAGUCAGACUCCAAAUAAGACACGAAACCUGACAGUGAAAGCAGCAUUUCUGUAUGUUAAGUACUUCCUGUCACUCUAGCAGAUACAAUGUGAAACGAGAAUUCAGUCCUUUAAGUAUAUUAACUUCUACGCAGUGGGGUUUGACACUAGACAUCAGCGUGGGCGUGUGUUUGCUUUAAAAGUGGUCUGAGUUGUUAUUUUAGUGUUUGCUGUUAAACAAUAACUAACACUUUUGGGGUUUGGGGUUCAUUUCCUUUUGGGACCAUUUAUGUAUGUGUUUCUCUGUACUGUAAGGAGCUUCGGGGCAAAUAUGUCAUCCAUGGUGAAAUCUAACCUACAAGCUAUGCAGUAACUCAACCAUCGAUCUCCUCGUCCCUUUCAGACUCUCAUCUUCCCUGUCAGAGUUGAUUUGACUUGUUUGUAAAUGUGUUUUAAAAAAAAAUAAUAAUGAUGUUUGAAUCUCGAUGGAGAGUGUUUCUCCUCCUGGAGUUUCUGUCCUGCUGAUUCUGCUGUUAACACUUUUGUAAGGUGGAUGCACAUAACAGGAUGUUUUGGACAUGAUUAUUCACCAGAAGGUGUGAUAUGUGAAACGUGUACACACUGAGGCACAGUUAUUCUUGGUGGAUAAAUGUGCUAGAGCUUUGUGACUCAUCAAAUCGUACGAGUUACUGUGACCCGUUGAUCUCAAUCUUGUCACGCAUCCUGUUACCUGAGCGCAUCCAGCCUUCAGAACAGUCUUCUGGAAUGCUUGGCAGGCAGGACAGACCUUUUCACCCUUGUGUAUUUGAUUGUAAAGAGAUUUUUGUAAAUAAUAAUAAUAAUAAUAUGAUAUAUUCUACACCAGCAAUCUGUCUGUUGAAAACGUCGUUGUAACUGUUCAGGGCCAGGUUUCCCUUGCACGAUUCGGCACUGUAUUCAAUCCCAACGCAGACUGAAGACGCAUCGAGACAAACCACUUUUGUCACCUUUAACAGUAAUAUUACAAGAGCUGUGAUAAACGGUGUUAGUAAAUACUUUUAGAAGACUGUUUUAGUCUACAUGUGGUAUAUGGUUUAUGAGAUUCCUCAUUAGAUGCAUUUUCCGAUAGCUUUCUGUGAUUGUCUAAAGUUUAUGCCAUCCAUUGUAAGUUCAUGUGCUACCGAUACUUCUCUCUGAACGGUGGCUCGUUGAACCAGACCUUUCCUCUGAGUUGUUUGGAUGCUCUUGGUGGCCACAGUCUGGAUGCAUAUUUUCUGUCUGCUGGGUUUCAGUGCCGGUGGUUCGUUCGGUUGACGUUUUGGGAAGCCCAGUGCUGGUUGUUAGCGUCAGUUCUGCUGCUGCUUUUAACUUUGGUUUGAAAAAAGAAAGGGUUGAAAAGAAAAGAAAAAAAAGGCUCCUAGCCUUGUGCAAUGUGUAUGUACUGAAGUGAAGACAUUUUUCUCUGAAAAGGAAUUAAACUAAAACUGGAUGAGA